CAGUCCUCACGCUUCCAGCCCCGGCUCUUCGCUCCUUCUUCCCGGUUUCCGAGCGCCGUCUGGACGGGCUCAGCCCCUGGGGCAGGCGGAGUUAGGGCGUCUGGGGCCCGUGUUCCUGCUGUAGUGGGGAUCGUCCUCUGGAUCCUAACUCAUCACUUCAGGAAAGAUACCUGCAGAGAUGUCUCCAGUGCUUCACUUUUAUGUUCGGCCCUCUGGCCAUGAGGGAGCAGCAUCUGGACAUACUCUACGGAGACUUCAAGGGAAACUCCCAGAGCUACAGAGUGUUGAGACAGAGCUGUGCUACAAUGUGGACUGGACAGCCACAGCCCUACCAAGUGCUGAGGAGAUGAAGAAGCUGUUAUGGCUGUUUGGCUGCCCCCUGUUAAUGGAUGAUGUUGCUCAGAAAUCCUGGCUCCUUCCUGGCCCCAAUGACCUGCUGCUGGAGGUUGGGCCCAGGCUGAAUUUUUCAACCCCACUGUCCACCAACAUUGUUUCUGUGUGCCAGGCUUCUGGAUUGGAGGCAGUGGAACGAGUGGAGACUACCCGGCGCUACCGGCUUUCAUUUGCCCACCCUCCUUCGGCUGAGACAGAAGCCAUUGCUCUGGUUGCCCUCCAUGACCGGAUGACGGAGCAGCACUUUCCCAAUCCCAUCCAGAGCUUCUCCCCUGAGAACAUCCCGGCCCCUCUUCAUGGUCCCAUUAACAUACUGGCUGAGGGUCGGGCUGCCCUGGAGAAAGCCAACCAGGAGCUAGGUCUGGCUCUGGACUCCUGGGACCUGGAUUUCUACACCAAGCGCUUUCAGGAGCUUCAGCGGAACCCGAGCACUGUAGAGGCCUUUGAUUUGGCUCAGUCCAAUAGUGAGCAUAGCCGACACUGGUUCUUCAAGGGCCAGCUCUACGUGGAUGGGGAAAAGCUGCCACACUCUCUAUUUGAGUCCAUCAUGAGUACCCAGAAAUCUUCAAAUCCCAAUAAUGUCCUCAAGUUCUGUGACAAUAGCAGUGCAAUCCAGGGGAAGGCAGUCCGAUUUCUACAGCCUGAGGACCCUACACAGCCGAGCUGCUUUCGGCAACAGCAGAGGUUGAGACAUGUUGUUUUCACUGCAGAGACACACAACUUUCCUACAGGAGUGGCCCCCUUCAGUGGAGCAACCACGGGCACAGGGGGCCGGAUACGAGAUGUCCAGUGCACGGGCCGUGGGGCCCAUGUGGUGGCUGGCACUGCUGGUUAUUGCUUUGGAAACCUGCACAUCCCAGGUUACGAUCUUCCCUGGGAAGAUCCAAGCUUCCAGUACCCUGGGAACUUUGCCCGACCCCUGGAGGUUGCCAUUGAGGCCAGUAAUGGGGCUUCAGACUAUGGCAACAAGUUUGGGGAACCAGUGCUAGCUGGCUUUGCCCGUUCCUUCGGACUCCAGCUCCCAAAUGGUCAGCGGCGUGAGUGGAUCAAGCCCAUUAUGUUUAGCGGUGGAAUUGGUUCCAUGGAAGAUGAGCAUGUGGGCAAGGAGCCCCCAGAGCCUGGCAUGGAAGUUGUAAAGGUUGGGGGUCCUGUCUACAGGAUUGGAGUUGGAGGAGGAGCUGCUUCAUCUGUGCAGGUACAGGGAGACAAUGCCAGUGACCUGGACUUUGGAGCUGUGCAGAGAGGAGACCCGGAGAUGGAGCAGAAGAUGAACCGUGUGAUCCGGGCUUGUGUGGAGGCUCCUAGGGGAAACCCCAUCUGCAGCCUCCACGACCAAGGAGCUGGUGGCAAUGGCAAUGUUCUGAAGGAGCUGAGUGACCCUGCGGGAGCUGUCAUUUACACAAGCUGCUUCCAGCUGGGUGACCCAACCCUGAAUGCCCUGGAAAUCUGGGGGGCUGAGUACCAGGAGUCAAAUGCACUUUUGCUGAGAUCCUGCCACCGGGACUUCCUGAGUCGUGUCAGUGCCCGGGAACGCUGCCCUGCUUGCUUUGUGGGUACUAUCACCGGAGACAAGAGGAUAGUGCUGGUGGAUGAUCGUGAGUGUCCUUUGGGAAGAAAUGGCCAGGGAGAUGUUCCCCCAAGGCCUCCCCCAACCCCUGUGGACCUGGAACUAGAAUGGGUGCUGGGCAAGAUGCCUCAGAAGGAAUUCUUCCUCAAGAGGAACCCUCCUCUGCUACAGCCUCUGUCCUUGCCACCUGGGCUGAGUGUGCGCCAGGCUCUUGAGAGAGUUCUAAGGCUGCCUGCUGUGGCCAGCAAGCGCUACCUCACCAACAAGGUUGACCGCUCUGUAGGUGGCCUCGUAGCCCAGCAGCAGUGUGUAGGGCCCCUUCAGACUCCUCUGGCUGACGUGGCUGUUGUGGCUCUAAGUCACCAGGAGCUCAUAGGGGCUGCCACUGCUCUGGGAGAGCAGCCAGUGAAGAGCCUGCUGGACCCCAAGGUUGCUGCCAGGCUGGCUGUGUCCGAAGCCCUCACCAAUCUGGUGUUUGCUCUAGUCACCGAUCUCCGCGAUGUGAAAUGCAGUGGGAACUGGAUGUGGGCAGCCAAGCUCCCAGGGGAGGGUGCAGCUCUGGCUGAUGCCUGCGAAGCAAUGGUGGCAGUGAUGGCAGCGCUGGGUGUGGCGGUGGAUGGUGGCAAGGAUUCCCUCAGCAUGGCUGCCCGGGUUGGCACUGAGACUGUGCAGGCUCCUGGGUCCCUGGUUAUCUCAGCCUACGCUGUCUGUCCAGACAUCACAGCCACCGUGACCCCUGACCUCAAGCAUCCUCGGGGAAGAGGCCAUCUCCUCUACGUGCCUCUGAGUCCUGGGCACCACCGCCUGGGGGGCACAGCUCUGGCCCAGUGCUUCUCCCAGCUUGGGGACCGUCCUCCCGAUCUGGACUUUCCUGAGAACUUGGUACUAGCCUUUGGCAUCACCCAGGACUUGCUGAAAGACCGCAGCCUCUGCUCGGGUCAUGAUGUCAGUGACGGAGGCCUCAUCACCUGCCUGCUAGAGAUGGCCUUUGCUGGGAAUUGUGGGAUAGAGGUUGAUGUGCCUGCCCCAGGGGUUGAUGCGCUGACAGUGCUGUUUGCUGAGGAGCCUGGCCUAGUGCUGGAGGUGCAGGAGCCAGACGUGGCUGGAGUGCUGAAGCGGUACUGGAGCGCUGGCCUGCACUGCCUGGAGCUGGGCCACACAGGGGCGCCUGGACCUCAAGCCAUGGUUCGGGUGUCAGUGAAUGGGGAUGUAGUUGUGGAGGAAUCUGUAGGGCAGCUGCGAGCUCUCUGGGAGGAGACCAGUUUCCAGCUAGACCGGCUGCAGGCAGAGCCACACUGUGUAGCAGAGGAGGAGCGGGGCUUGAGGGAGCGGACAGGUCCUAACUACUGCCUGCCUCCCACCUUCCCCAUAGCCUCCGUGCCUAGGGAGCCAGGUGGUCCCACCCCCCGAGUUGCCAUCUUGCGAGAAGAAGGCAGUAAUGGAGACCGGGAGAUGGCUGAUGCCUUCCAUUUGGCUGGGUUUGAGGUGUGGGAUGUGACCAUGCAGGACCUCUGCUGUGGGGCCAUUGGGCUAGACACGUUCACUGGUGUGGCCUUCGUGGGUGGCUUUAGCUACGCAGAUGUCCUAGGCUCUGCCAAAGGAUGGGCAGCUGCCGUAACCUUUAAUCCUCAGGCCAGGGCUGAGCUGUCGCGCUUCAGGAAGCGGCCAGACACCUUCAGCCUAGGCGUGUGCAAUGGCUGCCAACUGCUGGCUCUGCUAGGCUGGGUGGGAGGCAACCCCAGUGAAGAGGCAGCGGAGAAGGACCAUGAUUCCUGGCCAGCCCAGCCUGGCCUUCUGCUCCGCCACAACCUGUCUGGGCGUUUUGAGUCUCGAUGGGCCAGUGUGCGUGUGGGGCCGGGUCCUGCCUUGAUGCUGAGAGGGAUGGAGGGGGCUGUGCUGCCAGUGUGGAGUGCCCAUGGUGAAGGUUACAUGGCAUUUUCUUCUCUGGAACUCCAAGCCCAGAUGGAGGCCAAAGGCUUGGCUCCCCUCCAUUGGGCAGAUGAUGACGGGAACCCCACAGAACAGUACCCCCUGAAUCCCAAUGGGUCGCCAGGGGGCGUGGCUGGCGUCUGCUCCCAGGAUGGCCGCCACCUGGCGCUCAUGCCACACCCUGAAAGGGCUGUGCGGCCUUGGCAGUGGGCAUGGAGACCCCCUCCGUUCAGCACCCUCACCACUUCCCCCUGGCUCCAGCUUUUCAUCAAUGCCCGGAACUGGACCCUGGAGCAGCGCUGCUGAGCAGGCUAGCGAUGACCCCGGCCCACAGCGCGUCUUCCAAGCGCUUGCUGCCCUCUCCUUCAUCGCCUUCAGGAGCACCCCACAGGCUUGCCUCCUGGAUAAGCAAGGACCAAAAUGCCCAUAGUAGCUCAGUUGUUAAUCUGCAUCUGUUAACCUGUUCUCUAUUCUGUUUCCUAACCUGGUUUGCCUCCUUCCAGCCCCAGGAAACAGCUUGUAGCUAAUAAGACAAGAGUUGGAGGUAAUUUUGCUGCUCCCACCUCACUCUCCAGAAAUUACCACAUUGUGUCUUACUUCCCUCAUUUGGGCUCUAAGAGAUGUUUUGGGUCCCUGACUCCUUCUCUCCCCCAUCUAUUUUUCUUUCUUUCUUUAAAAAUUGUUUAAAACAGGAUCUUACUUUGUAACCCAGGCAGCUUGGAAUUUCCUUCCUGCCUCAGCUUAUUGGGCCUAUGCCACACCUGGCAUUAUGUCCCCCUUUUCUCAUUGGGGUUUAAAGUGUGGAGGGCAUAUGCAAAUCUGCCCUUCUGGAAACAGCAAAAUGUAUAGUGGUAGAGGUGAGGAAGUUGCUUGCAGGAUUUUCUCGUGAUGGGAUUUUAGGCCAUGUCUCAGAGACAUCCUGGUGCCUGCCUCUGAAGUGCAUAUUCCUGAAAUUUGUUUGUCCUAUCUUCAGUUCAUUAAUGUUUCUAGAUUAGCUAUGGUACCCAGCAGUAAUGCACCUGAAUUUAAAAUAACACCACUGAGCCAAGCCGGUGUUGGACCUUUAAUAUGUAUUCUGAGCUCUCAUGUAAAUUUAGCAAAGUACUUGAUAGUUCCUCUUCCCCUUUCUAACAAAGGAAGGUUUAUGGGUAAUUUUACUGCUGCGAGUUGGUCACUGAAUUUCUAAGGAACAGCUGCUUCCUACCACCAGGAGGUCACACUUCCUGGAAGCAGCUGCUCUUGCUGGCAGCUGUCAUUCAUCAUUUCUUGUUUCCUUUGCUCCCAAAGAUGUACCGAGGUCACUUCCUCAGGCCUGCUACAUUGUUCGAGUUGAAUUGGUUGACUCUCUCAAAAAAAGUUGGGACAUGUUGAUUAAAGAAUUUUUUUCCU